AUGGUACAGAACAGUCAUCAAACCGGGAAGAGAAGAAAACAAAGCAGAACUGAUGAUGAGAUAGAGCGGAAGUAUGCUCAUAAGCAUGGCUGCAGACCACCUAAGCACAGCGUGUCGCUUGGCCCGUUUGGCUUGGGUAUGAUCAUGACGAUGCUGGCCGCAACCCGUGAGCACCGCUUCCUCGAGCAGGUCCGCAGCUGGCAUCGCGCGUAUGGCACUACAUUCAAAGCGACGAUGAUCGUUCGGAAGGCUAUCUUCACGGUGGAGCCUAAGAAUGUCCAGACGGUUCUCGCGCUGAAGUUCAAAGACUUUGAGCUCGGCGAAUACCGCAACAGGGCAGUACGGCCACUCCUUGGAUACGGUAUCUUCUCUACCGAUGGCAGUGUAUGGGAGCAUUCGCGCGCCCUCCUGCGCCCCAACUUCACACGCAACCAGAUAGCCGACAUCAGCGUCUAUGAGACCCACGUUGCUCACCUUAUCAAGCAGAUUCCGCGCGACGGUUCCACCGUAGACCUGCAGGAUCUAUUCUUCAGAAUGACUCUUGAUUCAGCCACGGAGUUUCUGUUCGGAGAGUCUGUCCAUUCGCUCGGCGAUGCUGCCUCUGCCCCAGCCUCAUCGUUUGCCGCAGAUUUCAACGCUUCUCAACGAGGAUUGGCCCUCCGCAGUCGACUUGGUUCGCUCAUGAUGUUCUACCGAGACAAGCAAUUCUCCAACGCGGUGGCUGAUGCACGCUCUUACGUCGAUCGGUUUGUACAGAAGGCCAUCGAUUAUCGGAUUGCCCUUGACAAUGGUCAAUAUGUUUCUGAGGAGGCUCGCAAGGUCAACGAGCAACAGUAUGUUUUCUUACAUGAGCUGUCCAAAAGGACGCUCAACAAAACAGAACUCACCGACCAGCUCCUCAAUAUCCUGCUCGCUGGUCGCGACACCACAGCCAGCUUAUUGAGCAUCACCUUCUUUACGAUGGCGAGAAGGCCCGAUAUCUGGAACAAGCUCCGACAGGAAGUAUUGGCACUCGGGGGUCGGAAGCCCUCAUUUGAAGAUCUAAAAUCAAUGACCUAUCUAACAUGGGUGUUGAACGAGACUCUGCGCUUAUACCCCGUGGUUCCCAUCAACGUGCGCAUGGCCAACAAAGACACCGUCCUUCCAGUCGGUGGCGGUCACCGUGGAAAGGACCCUGUCUUCGUCCCCAAGGGCUAUGAGGUGAUAUAUUCCGUAUACACAAUGCACCGCCUGCCUGAGAUCUUUGGAGAUGAUGCAGAUGAGUACCGGCCGGAGAGAUGGGAGAAACUGAAACCGGGUUGGGCAUACAUCCCAUUCAACGGUGGUCCUCGCAUCUGCCUCGGGCAGCAGUUCGCGCUUACCGAGGCUGGAUACACCACAGUCCGACUCAUGCAGCAGUUCGAGGCCAUCGAGAGCCGGGACCCCAAACCGCUUACAGAAGGGCUGACUUUGACCUUGGCAAGUCUGAACGGCACAAAGGUCGCGAUGAAACCGGCCAAAGGCUCAUAA